CAGCGGACAGCAGCUGCUGAGUUGCUUAGACAUGGCGGAGGAUACAGUGGAGCAGAGGCUCAGCGGCGGAGUUGCAUGACUUUUUUCCCUCCUCCCUCCCCCUUUGCCAAGCACUUGAGUCGUCCGAGGGCACGUUGGAUGCUUCCCGAAAAGAGAGAGAGGGGGGGAGAAAUGUGUCGGUACUCGGAAAGGAGGUGGAAUACGGCUCGAAUCGCCACACGGGAGUAAGAUGGGACAAUGUAUCGCUGUUUAGUGCAGUCAACAGCCCUGGGCAACCAAUAUGGCUCCUUGUGCCUUUCCCACUACUAUGCUGUAAAUAUUGCUCUCCCGAUGCCGCGGCGGAUCCGGCGAACUAACUUAAGUUUCAUAAUCUCUCGGUACUUUUGAUCGCUUACGGAUAUUAGCUUUAGCUGUGCGGAAGCUAAGGAGGGUGGGUGGUGGAGGCGGCGGCGGUGGCCGUGGGGGGGCAACUACCACCGCGCUUAGAAAUGGAGCCGAAGCACAAAGAGUUACUCGAGCAGUGCCACCAGAACUUAGUGGAGUCCAUCACGGACGCCGACCGAGUCAUUGAGCUGCUCGUUGUCUCGGGCGCCCUCAGUCAACUCGACCGCUUCGAGCUGGACCAGAACUGCUCAUCCAGCGCGGAAAAAGUGGAGCUGCUGCUGAAGAUGCUGACAAAUAAGGAGAGCGACCAUUUCCUCGACCUGUGCGUGGCCCUGGAGAAGGCGUACCCCGACCUGCACGCUGCCCUCUUCGGCGGCAGCAACGGUGGCGGGCCCGUGGACCACAACACCGGUUCCACAUACAGUGUCCUCUCCACAAUGCCGUCCGACUCCGAGAGCAGCAGCUCACUCAGCAGCGUUGGUUCGCCUGUUAACGGAGAGGCGUCCUCCCCUCCUCCCGCCAUCAACGACAACCGACCGCCCGGCGACCACCUGGACACCGUCCUGUUCCAGCUCCGCCAGGUGACCAGGGAGCGGGACGAACUCCGCAAGCGUUUGGCACUGGCAUCGCCUGGCACCACAUUUGACGACUGCAGGCCAAAUUCCAAAGCCAGCCAUGACUAUGAGCGCUUAAAAAGCCAGUGUAUGAGGGCCAUGGCAGAUUUGCAGUCUCUCCAGAACCAGCACACCAAGACACUGAAGAGGUGCGAGGAGGCUGUCAAAGAGGCAGACUUCUACCACAUGCUGCACAGUCGUGUCCUGGGUGAACAGACGCAGCUCAAGGAGGAGAUGGAGACACUGCGGAGGGACAAUGCUCAACUGGUCCGAGAGCACAAUCACCUCAAACAGAGUUGCGAGGAGCUCCAGAGGCUGCAUGGGCAAGACCAGAAGGAGUUGUCCGACCUCCGACAACAGCAGCAGCAGGUAAUGCGAGAAAAGGGCUCCUCUGAGGUGCUGAAUAAACUGUACGACACUGCCAUGGACAAGCUGGAGGGUGUGAAGAAGGAGUACGACGCUCUCAGCAAGCGCUAUGGCGAGAAGGUAGCUACGCACAACACGGACCUGAGCCGCCUGGAGCAAGCCGAGGAGGAGAAUCGUCGGCUGCAAAAGCAGAUGGACGCGCUGCUCAUACAACGUGACUCGGCUAUGCACUAUCAGCAACAGUACUCUACUUCCAUGAGGAGGUUUGAUUCCGUUCAGCAGGAGCUAAACAAGUCGUCCGCUCAAAACAAGGAGCUCCAGCGCGAAAUGGAGCGUCUUCAGUCCGAGGUGACGCGCUACAAGAACCUGCAGUUGAAGUCUGCUAAGGACUGCGACAAGUACAAGGAGGAGCGCGACUCUGUGUUCAACGAAUAUCGACUCAUCAUGAGCGAGCGCGACCAAGUCAUCAAGGAGCUGGACAAACUGCAAACGGAGCUGGAAGCGGCUGAGGCACGGCUGAAAAAUACCUCCUCAGAAAGGGUCGUCGCCAGUGAGGAAUUAGAGGCGCUCAGACAGGAGUUGAACUCUUCGCUGGUGGACCGUGACAGGGCCAUCUGCGAGAGGAACGAGCUGCUAGAGAAAUACUGCCACGAGGUGAAGGACAAAGCUGAGGCCCAGAAAGAAUUGAGCCAGGCCUGCAAGGAUAUCGAGAUGGUCCGGGAGGAGCGCGACGUGGCCCGCAAGGAGAGGACCGAGGCCAUCAUUCAAAGGGAUCAGCUACUUCGAGAGUACUAUCAAGCCCGACAGAAACAAGACUCGGCCACACUCGACAUGGAGCGGGCCAACAAGGAGAUUGAAAUGCUGAGGAAACAGUAUGAGGCCAUGUCCCAGGAGCUGAAGGAGGCCACACAGGAGACCGAGGUGGCCAAAUGUCGACGAGACUGGGCCUUCCAAGAGCGAGACAAAAUUGUGGCGGAAAGGGAGAGCAUCAGGACGCUGUGCGAUAACCUGCGUCGGGAACGAGACCGAGCUGUCAGCGAUCUUGCAGACGCGCUGCGGAAUCUGGAUGACAUGAGGAAGCAGAAGAAUGAUGCUUUGCGAGAGCUCAAAGAGAUGAAGGAAAAAAUGGAAGGACAGCUGGAGAAGGAGGCCCGUUUCUGUCAGCUCAUGGCCCACAGCUCUCACGACUCGGCCAUUGACACAGACUCCCUUGAGUGGGAGACCGAGGUGGUGGAGUUUGAGAAGGAUAGAGACGACAUGGACUUGAAGGCACUUGGGUUUGAUAUCUCAGAGGGGGUAAACGAUCCCUAUUUACCGGGAGACUGUGGAAUAUUUGUGACACGGGUGGACAAAGGAAGUAUUGCAGACGGGAGGUUAAGGGUGAACGACUGGUUACUGAAGAUAAACGACAUCGACCUAACCAACAAGGAUAGGAAGCAGGUAAUGAAGGCUGUCCUCAACGUCGGGGGGCUCAUCAACAUGGUGGUACGAAGGAGAAAAUCUCUUGGGGGAAGGCUGCUCACUCCUGUUCACAUCAACCUCAUGGGGCACAAAGACAGUGGGAUAGGUCUGGAGAAUGGUGUGUUUGUCACCACAGUGGUCCAGGGCAGUCCGGCAGCCAAAGAGGGCACACUCACUGUUGGUGACAGGCUAAUCGCUAUAAACGGCAUCGCUCUGGAUAACAAGUCUGUGACAGAGUGUGAGGCCUUGUUGAGGAACUGCAGGGACUCUCUCAGCCUCUCUCUCAUGAAGUUCUUUCCUCACAGUACAUCCGGCCAGAACAUCUUUGAGAGUCUCCGUGACUCAUCAGAGAAGUCCAACGGGCGCGUUCACCUGUCUGAGAUUCAUUCCCGAAACAGCCGCAAUCUCAAACACAACAGCUCGACACAGACGGACAUCUUCUGCCCCGACGUCGGGUGUGGCGGGACGGGGGGCAUCUCUGGUGAGAGGAGGAAGCACCGAGGAGAACCUGAUGAGCUUUAUGGGGACAUGGGCAAACCCUUCUCCAUGGGUUCUCUUCACGCCACCAGCCUGCGUCCGGCAUCCGACUUAGGCGGUGGCCGCUAUGGCCCCAGCGCCUUCCAAGAGUGCUGUCCCUAUUCAAAGGCACCGUCCUCCUUGCCUUUUGACCCUGUCUCUGCGCCCGACUGCCUCACCAUGGAGGUGGUUCAGGACAGAAAGCACAGCGGAGGAACUUGGCCCAAGAUGGUGGUGGGAGGCAUGUCAGUUGCACCUGAUAACAACAGCCCGGUCCCAGCAGCGGCGCAACUCUCCAUCUAUAAAUCCCCCAAACAAAGGAAAUCCAUCUUUGACCCAGACACCUUCAAACGGCCUGAGACGCCUUCCUCAAAACUGGAGUACUUGGCGGCCAAUCAGAUAGUGGUGGCCGCGCCCUCGCACUCCCCCCAGCCCUCAAAAACCGACUCUCUUUCUUCCUCCUCCACUCCCACCCCAACCCCACCGACACCCCCCACCCGCAGCGACUCUUUCAAGUUCAAACACAAACACCAGAGCAGCUCCACAUCCGACUGCACCGUCACAUCCGACGGCAAAGGCGACAUUGCCACACCCUCAUCAAUGGGCGAGCGAGAGCGAGACAGGAAUGGCAACCACUACUUCCUGGAUGGCAAAGUCUUGACCUCGAGGAAAUCCUGCGACGAGGACAUCGGACGAACCAGGGGGGAGGAACCGGAAGUAAAAAGGCCGCGUCCUAAAUCUGCCCCCGCCCUUCGCCGCAGGAUGACACCACAGACCAUCACUCUUCCUGCGUUCCAGAGCUACUCUAACGACGAGCAUUCGCCAGAACCCCGGGACAUGCUGCGCUCCUCCCCCAGCCGCUCCCAUCGACACAGUGUCGGCUUUGUGCCAACCGUCUACAAUGGUAGCCUCCCUCCCAAUUCGGCCCACAGGGGUCUGUCUCCGUGCCCCGCCGUGACAGCCGUGAUGAGGAAUCCCGUGUACACAGUGCGCAGCCAUCGUGUUCAUACCAGCAACUGUCCGUCAGUUGCUUCUCAGAUCUGUCACCAGCAUGCGCCCACCAGCCCUCAACAUCAGGGUCGUUUGAGUCUGGAUCUCAGCCAACAGAAGCGGGGCGGCGACUACGCCGAAUCCUCGUCGUCACGCAGCACCCGCACGUCACACGGUACACACUCACUGCCCUCCAGCGCACGACUUGGUUCUUCUAAUAACGUUCAAUACCGGUCGGAGAGGAUCAAAAUCCCUUCUACUCCUCGCUAUCCUCGCUCUAUGUUGGGCUCAGACAGAGGCUCCCUCUCGCAUUCAGAGUGCAGUAGCCCCAGCCUCAUCACACCGCCACAAUCGCCGCUCAACCUGGAGACGUCGUCCUUCGCUAGCAACCAAUCGCAAGGCUCCAUUUCCACUUUACCUCGCAUUUCUGUCAGCCCGGUGCCAAUCGGCGAGCGAAGGAAGGACAGAUCUCUUUACCGUAACCGAUCUUUUCUAAGGAUUCCUCUGGCUGCGAGGCCGAGGUUCUCCUCUCUCAGGAGCCUCAGGCCAUACCUGGAGGAACCCCGCAAUGUCAUCGUGCAUAAAGGCGCCGAGCCUCUGGGCAUCUCCAUUGUGAGCGGGGAGAAUGGCGGUAUCUUUGUCUCCAAAGUUACCGGAGGAAGCAUCGCCCAUCAGGCGGGACUGGAAUAUGGAGAUCAACUACUGGAGUUCAAUGGCAUCAAUUUGCGUAACGCUACGGAGCAGCAGGCUCGCCUCAUCAUUGGUCAGCAGUGCGACACCAUCACCAUCAUGGCCCAAUACAACCCACAUAUGUACCAGCUGGGCAACCACUCUCGCUCCAGCUCCCGUCUCGAGCCAGUCAGCACUCAGUCUACACCGCAGGGAAGCGGUGCCGCCACCCCGGAAAAUCACUCUGCCAUCGAUACGCUCAGCGAACAGGACGAGGGCACCCUUACGCCGUCCUCCAAACAAACCACACCCACUACCAGCCCACGCAACUACGUCAGAAUGCAUUCUGAUGGUAACAAGAAGGCCGAUGAACCACGGCUGGUGACGGUACACCGGCCCGGGGUGGAGGUAGGAGUCAUGCUGUGUGGAGGGAACCUGCGGGGUGUCUACAUAGACAGUCUGGAUGAAGACAGUCCUGCCAGAGGUCCUGAUGGCCUGCGUCCUGGUGACCUUAUUCUAGAGUACAACUCGGUGAAUAUGAAGAACAAAACUGCAGAGGAGGUUUAUGUGGAGAUGUUGAAGCCGGCAGAGACUGUCACGUUCAAGGUGCAGCUUCGGGCGGAAGACUUCAACGUGCUCAAAGAUGUUCCUGGUGAUGGCUUUUAUAUUAGAGCACUUUACGAUCGCGUGGGUGAGGCCGAGGGGGACCUGACGUUCAAGAAAGAUGACAUCCUCUACGUGGACGAGUCGUUGCCAAAGGGCAGCUUCGGGACCUGGAUGGCGUGGCAGCUGGACGAGAACGCGCAGCAGAUCCAGAGGGGGCAGAUCCCCAGCAAGUAUAUGAUGGACCAAGAGUUCUACCGACGACACAGUGUGACCGAGAUGAAGGAAGACGGGAGCAAGACAUUGUCUGCCGCCGCCCGCCGGUCCUUCUUCAGGAGAAAGCAAAAGCACAAACGCAGCAGCUCCAAAGACAGCAAGGAGACAGUGGCUCUAGAUGCCAUCAGCACUGACUCACUCCCAUUUCUGGAUGACUGUAUAAGCCUGGCCUACCAGAGAGUCCAGAAGGUGGAAUGCGCCUCCCCCAGGCCUGUGCUGGUCCUCGGCCCGCUGACUGACGCCGUCAAGGAGAUGCUGGUCAAAGAGUCUCCGGGGAAGUUCUUCAGAUGCGUGCUAGAGGUGAUGAAGGCAUCCCAACAAGCCAUUGAGCGAGGUGUGAAAGACUGCCUCUUUAUCGACUACAAGCGCCGCAGUGGCCAUUUUGAUGUGACCACUGUUGCAUCCAUCAAGGAAAUAACAGAGAAGGGUUGUCACUGUUUGCUGGACAUCGCGCCGCAUGCCAUCGAGAGGCUCCACAGUGUUCACAUUUAUCCCAUCGUUGUCUUUGUUCGCUACAAAAAUGCCAAGCAGAUCAAGGAGCAGAAAGAUCCCAUUUAUUUGCGCGACAAAGUCUCUCAGAAACAUUCCAAGGAGCAGUUUGAAAACGGACAGAAGAUUGAGCAGGACUAUAGCAAGUUCUUCACAGGUAUCGUCCAAGGUGGCUCGCUCCCUUACAUUUGCACUCAGAUCAUGACUAUAGUGGAUCAAGAACAAAAUAAAGUCCUGUGGACUCCCCUCGGCUGCCCUUAGCGGACAAACGGAGCGCUCGCCUUCAAUCCCCCCGCACAUUAAUUAACGAAAGAACCUUCAUCCCACACAAUAGGUACACUGCAUUGUAAAAUAUUGAUAGGUAUUUUUCUUGAUUUUUUUUCAAAGUACUCAAGAACGGGCACGUAGCACUGGCUCUCCACUUUCAAGCUUAUUCAGUCUUCCCUAAAGGACUCCGUCGUGGUGUGUAUGUGCUGAACGUGUGAUUAAAAAUAUGUGUGCGUGCUUGUGUGUUCAAUAUUGACUCCAGUGACCCUGAACCCACCGCUCACCCUCUUCGGUGUACACAAACCUUAACACUAAUGAUGUUCUCAACCUCUCAAGAGUGUUAGGACCACAUUGAAAAGCAGUGGGAAUAAAAUAAUGAUUUUGGGGGGAAAAAAGGCAAGGAUAGUUGUUUUUGUACAUGGCGAGUCGAAUAAUUUAUUUGCAAUAUUUACACACUUUAUUCGCUUUCCUAAAAAUCUAUUUUCUGAUUCAUGCUGUUUUUUUUUUUCUAAUUAUAUGAGUCAAAUUAUUUUAUGUAAAUUGUUCGUUAUAUGUCAUGAGAGAUUAAAAUCAUAUUUGCCAACUCACUUUCUCAAUGUAUUUUGAAACAGUAGUUUUGUGGACAUUUUGCUUUUUUUUUUUUGUAUGGUUUGAACUCCCACAUUUUUUUGUUCCGCUUCAGUAUUUUUUUAUGAAAAAAUGUUGACUUUUGAAAGAUUGACUUUCUUUGAUUACCAUAAUUUUCGAUAUGUGAGUUGCUACUUUUUCCCCUUUCAUUUUGAACACUGCGUCUUAUGGUCCAUUGUGGCUCAUUUAUAAAUGUUUUACAGGCUAAUGAGCUGCAUGUCUUUCGGUAUAAAUAUACAAUGUGGACACCUGCGGGGGAAAUUCAGUUCUCUUGUGUAAUUUGCUAGGUACGGCUUAUAGUCCAAUAAUUACGGUACUACUUAUUUUGAUAUUUUUUCGUGAACUUUGUUUAAAAAAAAAAAUUAAAAAAAAAAAAAAAAAAAAAAUU